CUCAUUAGCGGACAAGAUGUCUGCCUACCCGUCUCAAGAGUUUCGGCCUCUUAAAAAGCCGAAAUUGGGGCCGCCAGAUGUGUAUCCUCAAGAUCCAAAGCAAAAAGAGGAUGAACUUACAUCAGCUAGUGUCAAGCAUGGUUUCAUUAACAGCCAAACCUUUGGUGACGAGUAUGGAUCAGCUCGAAGAGAAAAUAUUAGUCAAGAACAGUUUGGUACUGAAUUUAUCUCAGUAUUGGAGAAAAAGAAAGAAGUUAACACAUUUCAAGACACAUCCAAAAAGAAACAGUGUCCUACCAAAGACAAUUUUUGGCCGGCUGCCAAAAACAAGAAUGCUAUGGAGGCAUGGUUCAAGGACUUAGAAGGCAACAAGUCGUUAUUCCAACUUGGAAAGAAGGUGCCUACCUUUAACAAAAGAGAUGAGCUAUUCUCCACUCUCUGUGAGUUUUCCCUGCCCAUGAUGAAGGCUGCCUGGAUGGUCAAAAUGACUGCAGCCUACAAUACAGCUAUGCAAGAGAGUAAGAUUAAGAAACGGCAAAUGGUGGACCAAUCUGUUGAUUGGUGCCAGUCACUGACCAAGUUUAUGCGUGACCAGAUUCAGAAAAUCCAGGACCCAUACCACGGCACAACCGGGGGACCUACGGGGUUCCUCACUGUGUCCACCAACACAAAUGUCCAGGUCGACCUCGAUCUCGCCAUCAAACAGUGGCACUACUCCUGUAAACUAGCAAGGCAUAUGUAUGAUGAAGGGCUGCUUGACCGGAAUGAGUUCCUCACCUGGCUGAUAGACUUGUUGGAAAAAUUGAAACAAACGGAGGAUACAGUGCUUAAACUUGUAAUGGCUCAGGUGUUACAGUAUCUGGAUGAGGUAACAAUGUCGGUGUUGUUAUCGCGUCGUCUGGCCUACUUUGCUGCGAAAAAGAUUGCCCAGCUGUGUGGAGACUCAGGAGGGGCCUCACCUCAGACACAGUCACCUAUGGUCAACAGUGUUGGCACUGCUAUAACUCCAGCCAGUGGUAACAUGGCCAUGCCCCAGAACCCACUAGCGGCUGUUUUCUCUCAGUACAACAACUGUCCCCAACACAGAGGUAUCAUCCUGAGUCUGAGCGCCACUCUCCAAGUUAUCACGCUGUUGUGUCCCACCUCUCUCAUCUGGAACACUCUGGGCGACAACAAAACCACAUCGUCUGUCCUGUGUGGUUCUGCUCUCGACCACCUCCCCUGCGCUCCCUCAAGUCUGCCUAUGCCCCCAGGACCGGAAAAUCCCCAGAUACGAGCUCAGAUUCGUGCUGUAGAGAACCAGUUAAAGAUGCGUGGACGUGCUGCUGAGGUGCGCUGGUCCUCAGACAAAUGUCAGCAGUCAACUAGGGGUUUCACCAUCAGUAAGAGGCUGGAGGUACUGGACAUGCUUGACCGACACAACUUUGACAAGGUGGACAGUAACAACUCACUGGACACUCUGUAUAACAAGGUCUUCUCCAUCAACCAGGCCAAGGAGGGCAUAGAGCCAAUGGUGGCAGAUGAACCCAUCAUCCACCUGUUGAUAGACUGGGCCGUCAGUACACAGCGGACAGGAAACUACCGGGCAGUGGUGGUGGCCAAACUCAUGGAGAAACGGCAGAACGAACUUAGGACAGAGAAGUUUGGUGACUCUGAUAUCAUAGACGACAAGGAUUCCCUAGGAUCUGAUGCUAUGGUCCCGUCGGGACUCCCGGCUUUCCAAGGCCUCCUCAUGAGCUUCCUGGAUGAAAGGGCACCGGUCCUAGAUGACAACCCCUCAGAUGACUGUAGACAAGGCUUCGCUAACCUGAUACAGCUGUUCUGUGAGCUGAUUCGUCACGAUGUGUUCUCUCACGAUGCCUACAUGUGUACACUGAUAUCUCGAGGGGACCUCUCCUCACCCACAACUGUGCCCCAGCUUGGUGUGGACAGCAUGGACCUCUCCAGCAUCAAGUCCCUGACCGAGUCAAUCAAACAGGAGGUAAUGCACCAAGACGACAUCAAGGUUGACAUGGAUAUCAAUACAAUGGACAGUGACUAUGUCAUGCUGUUUGACUAUGUCAAAGAGGAACAAAAAGCUAGUCCAGAGGAACCUGCCUCGGUCAAGUCGGUCAAAUCUGAGAAAGACCAGCCUAUCCCAAGUGUCGGGGGUCACACACAUGCCGGCAUGGAGGCCCUACAACAGCCUAAGGGACCUUCACGUCACAUGAUCUACGCACAGCAUUUUCCGAUUCCAAAGGACGCGGUCCAUGAAUGUAAUCAGCGUGGCAUCGUCAUGUAUGGUGUAGGGAAAGCCAGGGACGAUGCUAGACACUACGUCAAAAAAAUCUCCAAAGAAACUCUGAAAUUGUUCAGUAAGAAAAAUUGUGUGGACACAGGUAGUGGUGACCUUGGAAAGGUCAAAAAGAGAAAGGAAAAGGAACCAGGUGACACAUCUCUUGUUGCUGUAGUUACGAAUUUUGACCAAAUAUUUGAAGGAAUUUUUGGAAAAUAUCAAAAAUUGUCAUACUUUGACCAGCAUGCGGUUACAGCGCAGUGUACAGACGCAGUACUGGAACAGAUCAACAGCUUCACCAUGGGUAACUCCAGUUAUCUGCCCCUGGUCGACAACAUCUCCUAUUUGUUUGAUUUGAUGGAGUACUCCCUCAAUAUAUAUGGUCUCCUGGAAUUCUCAGUAAAGCUGUUGAAGGAGUUGGGUAUGGUUGAGCACACACUGAGUAGCCAGACGUCGAGUCUAGCUGGAAACUACACGACCUUCCUGUGUCUGUGUAUCGUGGGCGUGUUCAGGAAGUACCACCCCUACCUCCUCGUCUCCCAGGACCUCAUCAUACAGGCCUUCGAGGGGUUGAUAGGAGCAGUGAAGGAUGUGUAUAAUCCCGCUGUUUGUACAUCAGCAGAGCGGUGCAUCCUUGUGUAUCUCUACAACGCCUACACCUCGUGUAGCUACUUAAGGGACAAGAAAUCUGAGAUGUUCAGUAAUUCAUUUAAGAAGAUAAAGAUGACUCUGUAUGCAGACAUCAAUCCUUCGGCCUCUAAUUUACUGUGGGAUCCCACCUUCAUGAUGGACUUCAUGGCCUCCGUCAAAUCCCAGCCGGACACAUCUCUGACCAAACAGCUGUAUGACAACCCAGCCAACCGCUACAGCUUUGUCUGCAAUGCCAUGCUGAAUAUAUGUAACUCGCAGAAGGUUGACAGACUGAAUAGUAUCUCUGUGUUGUGUGCUGAGUUGACAGCACGCUGUAACAGUCUGAGCUCUGAAUGGCUGGGAGUACUACAGGCUUUGUGCUGCUCAUCAAAUCACAGCUGUGGAUUCAUAGACGUGCUAACACAGGUUGAUGUUGGAGACAUGUCCAUCCAUGAUUCCCUGGCUGUUUUCACUGCCAUCCUGAUUGCCCGCCACUGCUUUUCCCUGCAAGACUUGGUCGUCCAUGUUGUGCUUCCAUCACUCCUGGCCGCCAAACCCUCCGCUUCAGGUGACCAGGACGCAGAACCAGGCGCUAGAUUGACCUGCCAUAUAUUACUGAAGCUUUUUAAGACUUCCGAGGGACCACUGAGCUGGAAAAACCAGCCAAUGUACAACCGGGCCCCGUCCAAUAUCAAGGCAUCGUGUGACAGACACCUGUUGGCCGCGGCCCAUGAUAGUAUAACAGUUGGACCUGUGCUGGCUGUGCUGAAAGCAAUGCUUAUGCUCAGUGACCAGACAACAGAUGAGGUAAAGUCAAAGGCCGGCGCCUGUAACAAGAAGGAGGAGAAAGGAGACAUCAUCAGUACUCUUCUCAACAGUCUGGAGGACGACGACGAUGACAACAUGAUGUUUGGGACAUCACAAUCCAAAGGAGGGAUAGAAAGUGCAGGACUCAGUGAGUUUGCCAAGCACGCUCUGAAGGAGAUGUGUGCACAGGACUGGGUCCAGGAAAAGUUCCUUAAGAAUCCAGAGUCUGUCCUCAGCUCCGAUCUCCUGCUUGACCCCAUGCUCAGCAAUAAACAGGCCCAGCAGCUGUUACAGAUGAUUUGUUACCCCCACGGAAUCCCUAACCAGGUAGAGGGGAGUGAACCGGACAAUAAACAGGUGAUACAGCGUAUCCUCCAGACCCUCGACCAGUGGGGCCUCCGAGUCUCACUCCUAGAGCUGCAGCUGAUGUUGAAACAGGCCACCACUCAGUCAGAUACCAACUGUAUCCUGGAGAACGUGGCACGGGGGUCCAUCGACCUGUUCCAUCAACAGACAGAGAGCAACAGAGGCAUAACUGACAAUGAUUCCAUGUCACAGCAGGCUAACCGGUCCGAGUCUGAUGGUGUUUGGAUGGUUGGCCCUCUCAUCUCUAAGCUGCAGGGCGUCCAGGGACGUGUCCUCAAGCUGGCAGCCCAAGUUCUAGAGACCGGCAACAACUUCCUUUCCAAGGGAAAGUUUGACAAGGAACGGAACCUCAGGAGUUGUUACAGUAAGUCCCUCCUAGGUCACCAGCCCUUCCUGUCCCUUGUGCUGACCUGUCUUAAGGGGCAGGAUGAACAGAGAGAGGGGCUUCUCUGCUCCCUUCUCAACCAACUGGAGAAGUUUAUCAACAACUGCAAAGAGGCCCUGGACAAAACCCCAGAUGAGUUUAAGGUGCGACAGACCAUCCAUGAGGCCCUACAGCUGCGCCUGUCCCUGGUAGGGGGAAUGUUUGACACAAUACAGAGGAACACGACCAACACGAUAGAUUGGGGGAUCCUACUUCUCCAGCUGGUCACCAACGGUAUAGUGGACGCUCAGUCUAACAAUGAGCUCUUCACCAUCAUCCUUGACAUGUUGACUGUGCUUAUCUAUGGGACACUCAUAACAGAGGGCCCAGAAAAGGAGGAGAACAAACGCACUUACUUGAACCUUAUCAAGAAACUCCGGAGAGAGAUAGGAGACAAGAACUCAGACUCCAUGGACAAGAUACGACAGUUGUUGCCCCUGCCAAAGAGAUGGUAUGAGGUGAUCACAUGUGAGCCCCAUGGAACUCAGAUGGACAAUAAGGGCAACAAAUAUAAUGGUUUUGGGAAAAAGGAGGGUUUGCAAGUGUCUAAGAAAGAGAAGAUUAGUCCUUGGGAGGUGAUAGAGGGCUACAAGAACCCGCCACCCCUUUCCUGGCCCUACUUCUGUGCCGUCAAACUUGAGAGGAAGCCACUAAAAUACGAGGAACAACACAGGAUGAUGUUGUUUCACACACACUCCCUCCGCCAGCCCCUCAACCACUACCUGGACCCGCCAGUUCUACCCCCAGAGGACCUUGAACCACCCCCAGAGAAAGUUGAGGAAAAGGUAAAGGAGCAAACAGAAGCACAUCCAGAGAAACAACGGAAGAAGCCAUCGAAACGACGAAACCCAAGGCCUGCCAGUAAUACAUUCACUCCCACACCUGUGCCUCGACUGAACUAUCCCGACAGCACUGGGAUGUACUCAACACCCCAUCCUAGCUGGAGUUACAGCCACCCCCAGCCUCAGCAGUCUUCAUUCUAUCCCCAACAACAGAUGCCUCAAGGUCCUCGUUUCACUCAGCCAUCCCAGUACGGACCAAAGCAGGCGUUACAGACUUUAAUACGAGGUCGCAACAACUCUAGCACAUCCAACUACCCGCAGAACAUGCAGCAUAUUCAUAUAAUGAACAAGCAAAUGUUGCAACGCCAGGUUCGGCAGCAGCUGCGCCAAACAUUCCAAAACCACCGAGGCAUGCCUGAUAGUCAGGGCAUGUUCCCUAACCAAAUGCAGCCAGGCGGUAUGCAGAGUAUGAAUCAAACGCAGAUGGGGAUGUCUUCCAACUUCGGGACGUCCUACGGUAUGCAGCCCCAGUCGUCCGGGACUGUGAUUGAGCCAGGUCCCCCAGGGGCAGGGAUGAUGUCCCAGCAGGGUUACAACCAGUCUUAUCAGGGUUCACAGACCUCAGGCAUGAUGCCUGGCAUGGGAAAUCAGCCAAACUACAUGGCCGGUCCGCAGGCACCGCAAGGGGCUCCAGUAGGCCAGUCUCACUUCAACACCACUUCCAGACUUCAGCAUGGAAUGAGCAACAGUUCAAUGCAGAAUCCUAGCAGUACAAUAAGCGGUAUGACAUCAGGGAUGGCGGGAUACAACCAGAUGGCUUCCUCUGGACCCUCACAACACCAGCAGCAGACCGGAAAUGACAAAUUGAACUUCUUUCACCCACCUGCAUCCUCCUCCUCGUCGGAGGAACCUAAGACUGGCUCCUACAUGCAGAGGAUGGGUCCACACCAGCAGCAGCAACAGCAGCAGCAGCAGAUACAGAUGCAGCAAAGGAGGAUGAUGCCCAUUCCAAACCAGCAGCAGCAGCAGAUGCAGCCCAAUCCAGCAGCCCUCAUAAGUCAGCUCCAGCGACAGAUUUCUGUGGGGCCAGGCCAGGCACCGGGUCCACAGUACAACAAUUACCCACAGCCCCCACAGUACCAGUAGACAAAUCUGUCAGGCCAGGCCAACAAUUACCCACAACCCUCGACAGUACCAAUAGACAAAUCUGUCAGGCCUUUGGACCACAGUACAAAAAUUACCCACAACCCUCGACAGUACCAGUAGACAAGUUUUAGGACCUAAAUCCUUUCUUUAAUACAUAACAUUUAUCAACGACUCAGCCUUAGCAGAGUACAUGGUGUAUUUACUGAGAGUUUAAGGUCUGCCUCAGUGAGUCAGCUCAGAUACAGGAUUUAACUUAAAUGAAUGUGACUAUCAGAGAAUAUUUGUCUCUCUCUCUGAAUUUUUAAUCUAAAAAACAAACGUUGCUUUAAUAUGUGGAACAAAAUGUUUGUUGUAUGGAAAAUGAUUGAAUGAGAUCAGUUUAUUUAUUAUAUUUCUACCUGUGAAGUAGGGAGAAUUAUAUAUAUAUAU